AUCCUUCUAGAUAUUAUUUCUUAAUAUAAAACCGUAGGCUAGCUAAUUUAAGUCAUUUCACAAAAGGGUUAUAUGCUCUCAAGUCUCAAUACCACAAUAGUCUUUGCUUUUCACUAGCAAUGGAUUUCUACUUUGGAAAUAACCCUCACCCUUAUCCCAAUUAUGCUCAUAAUAAUGCCAACUUUUUUGAUCCAUCUUCCCCUCAGAUCGCACUAUCCGAUUAUCUCAUGCUCGAUGAUUACGUUGAUCAUCAUCAAGAGUCUAGGUCAUCACAAAGCACCACCGAGUCAUCGGAAAAAGCAACCUUCAGUAGUGAUGCCACUCAUCACGGUGCAACCUCUAAGAACAACAACAACAACAACAUGCAAUUAAAAUGCAAAAAUGGGAACAAAGCAGGAGUGGGUCCAAGGAUCGCGUUUAGAACCAAGUCGGAGCUCGAGAUUAUGGAUGAUGGAUACAAGUGGAGGAAGUAUGGCAAGAAGUCAGUCAAGAGCAAUUGCAACCUAAGGAACUACUACAAAUGUUCAAGUGGAGGAUGCAUUGUGAAGAAAAGAGUGGAAAGGGAUAGAGAUGACUCGAGCUAUGUGAUAACAACAUAUGAAGGUGUGCACAAUCAUGAGAGUCCAUUUACCACCUACUACAGCCCCAUUUCCUUCAUACAUUCUGAUGCUUUUACAUCCACCCAAUGAAAUUAACCAACUCGAUCCAACCCCUUUGGGCCAUUUCCUCUCAAAGCUUCCACACCUCCCUUGCUUGCUCAUGUGGCAAGAAAAGUCUUGGAAUUGAGUUGGGGAAGCUGUGUAUCAUUGCACUGUCUAAUUAAUCAUAAUUAUUUUCAUGCUGUAAUAGAUUGAAGAUAGUUUAUGCUCAGAUCAUGAGGCUGUAUUCUGAAUUCUACACUUUUUUUUUGUUGGUAUUUUUGCAUUUUGUUUUUAGAUGCGUUUGAUAACUCAAUUAAAAAUCAACCAAUGUUAGUUCAUGUAACAAGGAACAAGGUUCUCCUUGUGUAAAGUUGUUCCAAUCUUGAGAAGUACCAGGAGAAAAAGAGAGAUUUGUCAUUUCAA